AUGGAUAAUUCAGGAGGAUCGCCUGCCAGGGCGCAGGAGGAGUGGGAUGGUCGAGGUCGAAGGGUAUCACACCAGCCGCUCGACAACUCUACUCCCCGGGAAAGCAAGGAAAGCUUAGAUGCUGCAGGUCGCAGGUCAAGGCCGCGGAGAUCUUCUGUCACCCUUGGCCCCAUCUCAAGGCAGUUAACAGGUGGGUCGAAUCGCCAGCGGAGCCUACAGCCUGAUGGUCGUCUAGAGGAACGUCGUGGUUUAACCCAAAGGCUUCAUAUGUUUCCCUUCCGACCACAUUCUUCGAAUGCAUCCAGGAGCUCUUCGACCAAUACUUCAUCUAGCUCAUUACGCUCUUUAGCGGAUCAAGCCGGUCUGGAACCUGCCACGGACUAUUCAACCUCUUAUUUUGGAACGUCUCCAUCACAUCAGUCGUCAACUCUAAAAGCUCCUGAAGCUCCCCAUCCUCCCCUCAGUCCGUUAUCGGAGCAUCCCACCCCUUCGCACCCCUCUGAAAAUUCCGUGAAUGAUUUACCUGUAUAUCCCGACCAAUCUUAUGCAGUUCUUCAAUCCCAGGUUCAUCCCACCCGUGCUCAACCCUAUCUUCGUUCUCGCAGCUCUCAUCCCUUACCAUACCCCAUAUCAUCGGCGUCUUCGGGCCCAACAUGGAACCUUCGCGAAUCUGCCUCCCGUGGACAAGGUUCGCGAAUAGCUGGAAGCACACCCAUCUCUAGUCCUGGACUUUUCUCUCCCCAUUAUGCCAAUCCGUCUUCACUAAAGUCUGUCGGAGUUCGUACUCCUUUUUCGUACCUACAUCCAACUCAUCUUCAGGAACCAAAAGAAACACACACAGUAGAGGUUGAUCGUGAUAUUCUCACUGGCAACAAGCUCAUCAAUGAGUAUGAAAUCCUUGAUGAGCUAGGUCGAGGUGAACAUGGGAAAGUAAAACUCGGUCGACAUCUGAGAACCGGAAAGAAAGUAGCCAUCAAAAUCGUGCAAAGAUAUUCGAAACGUCGUCGAUUAGGAAAACUUGGUAAUCCAGAGGAUAAGGUUAAAAAAGAGGUUGCCAUCCUUAAAAAAGCUAGACAUGAGAAUGUCGUUAGUCUGCUUGAGGUUAUCGACGACCCUAAUCAACAGAAGGUCUAUAUUGUGCUGGAGUAUGUGGAGAAUGGCGAGAUAGUAUGGCGCAAAAAAGGGCAUAAGGAUAUUGUAGCCGUGGAUAAACUCAGGCUCGAACAAGAGAAGCAAGGAAUUCCGGAAUCUCCAUCUUUCGUCGAGGAGACCCUCAGACGGUUCAGGUUACAGCGAGAGGCAUUGGGCAAGAAGAGGCGGUCGAUAGCACCACAGUUCUCGCGAGUUCAGGCAUGGAGUUUGGAACAUGGUGCAGUGUCAGACGAUGAAACGGGCCCUGAACCCCCGCCUCCUAUCCAGAACGACUCUGAAUCGCAUUCUCUCCCCUCCCAGCCUACAACCUCUGCAGAUGAGCCAGAUGAUAACCCGCACGAUUUGGGCUUAGCUGCGCUGGAAGGAAGCAUGUAUGGGCCAUAUGUACCCAAGGUUUCUCUUUUACGCCGUCAAAGCACUGUCUCGAGUCAUUUCACUUCUCACUCCUCUGAACCGGAGUUUCUGGAUGAUGACGAUGAUAUGUCGUAUGUCCCUUGCUUGACACUUUCCGAAGCUCGACGUGCAUUCCGAGAUUCCGUGCUUGGUCUUGAGUAUCUUCAUUAUCAGGGCAUUAUACAUCGCGAUAUUAAGCCUGCAAACCUUCUAGUUACAAGAAGUCGCCGGGUAAAAAUAUCUGACUUCGGGGUGUCCUACCUUGGGCGGCCUAUCCGGGAUGAAGAUGAGGAGCAGGUCGCGGAGACGGAUGCUACUGAAUUAGACGAUGCUCGUGAGCUUUCAAAGACUGUUGGAACUCCAGCCUUUUAUGCUCCAGAACUGUGUUAUACGGGCUCAGAGUUUGAGAACCAAAUUGGAAAAGUUCCAAAGAUCACGGGCGCAAUCGAUGUUUGGUCACUAGGGGUUACAUUGUAUGGCAUGAUAUUUGGACGUCUACCAUUCGUUAGCAACGAUGAAUAUAGUUUGUUUCAGAAUAUCGUGAAAAGUGAAGUGUUUAUUCCAAGGAAACGUCUAAAAGCAGUGGAAGUGGAGGCAUCCUCAAGCCAGUCAUUUGACCCUCAGGUGGUUAUGAACAGUAACAAGCGAUUGGACGAUGAGCUUGCCUAUGAAGAUAUCGAUGACAAUUUAUGUGAUCUCAUGAGACGUUUGCUCACUAAGGAUCCUUCGAAACGAAUCACUUUGAAAGAGAUUAAGCAUCAUCCGUGGGUACUUAGCGAUAUUUCUGACAAGGAGCAUUGGAUUGAAACGACGGAUCCUGGCUAUCAAAGCAAGGGCAAGAGGAUCGAGGUUUCAAACGAAGAAGUCACCAAGGCAGUCACGAAAAUGCCUUUUAUCGAGCGAGUGCGUUCAAAUGUGGCAAAAUGGGGUGGUACUAUUUUUGGUCGGUCGAAAGAUGGACGGAAGAGAGCAGCCAGUUCAGCAACUUCUGACCUAAUGUAUUCGACUUCGUCUUCGAGUAGUGUCACGCUUGGCAAGGAUGCUAUUGGGGACCACAGAAAGAAAAGCUUGAGGGACGAUGAAGAAAUUUCCCGGUCAACUAGCAGACCCACCAGAGAUGGCGAACACCCACUUUCACAUAGCGUUCUCGCAAGCCCCGUUUCGACUGAGGGUUCCAGUUUUUCCAGAAGGAAUAGCAACUCCAGUUCAACAUCACACCCUAAGGACCUCCUCACUCAAGACCAAGAACAACGGCCCGACAUUCCAGAACGAACAUCCUCGACGUUUUCAAGUUCCGGUUCCACUAAAACAAUUAGGCCAUUGAAUACAGCUGUAGCUCAAUCCCGGCCUCGAACAAGCACCACAACCUCCGAACCACUAGCCUCAUCUAGUGUCGGUGGUAUUUUUGGAGGUACCGGACGUCGUAUAUCAAGUGGUUUUCAGAGCCGCGAUUGGCGAAGGGAACGAUCUCAAUCUACAGACCGGGCAUCUAUAGAUGGAGAUGGGCACUCUGAUCCCGUGGUUGCUGUUAGUACAGCAUCAGCUACGGGUCACGUUCAAUCCCCCGACUUAUUGCGAGAGACAUCUUCAGCGUCGUUAGCCUCGUCGAUCAGUCAUGAUGGUAUAGUUGGAAGGAGCGCAUCCCACUAUCGAUCCCGCUCUCAUCAAUUGGCCCAUGAUCCGUCUCCUGAAUCGUUCAAUGUUGCACGUGAGACACUUCUACGACAACGAAUGCAGCAACAAGAUCAAAGCCAUCAUCCGCAGACAGUUGCUUCGCAGCACAGAGAUUUGGCUGGCCAGAACCCGCAACCUCAUGGAGGAGCAAUGUCCUCAAUAGAUACUGAAUGGCAUCGGAUAGCAAGAGAUCCGCCUCAGCCAUACAAGCAUGCCGUUGGAGAACCGCUUACGUCCCCUCAGUCUGCAGCGACCAUGUCCUCAUCCUCCGCUGAUGACUUUAACAGUGGGAUGUCCCACUCCGCUUCUCACCCCAGCAUUCCAUCUGUGAUAUCGGGUGCAUCAUCACUCUCAGCUGAAGGGUUCCACAGUCACAAAGCAGAGCGGGAAAAGGAGUUAGAUGGUCCAGGUCAGGUGCCUCCAGAGCUUCGUACUGGGGACACUGUUACAGUUCGGGCUACAGUGUCUGACAAACACCACGAGGAUGAGUCCAGAUAUGACUGUGAUGAUGAGGAUGAGGAUGAAAAUGAUGAAUCGGAGGAUGAAGGCAUUGUGAUUGGGAAACAGAGUUCAUUUCAGGAGGUCGAAAGGUCGAACCGGAUGGCUUGA